UUUAAAAAUUUUGUUUCACAUAUGACAUAACCUUGUAAUUCCUAAUUAGAUCUCAUCCUCCUCAUGUUUCGAGAGCUCAUUAAACAAUCAAGAUGUAAAGGGGAAUCCUAAAGGCACUACCUUUUUCCUCUUUCUUCGAGUGAUAGCAAAGAGGGGGGAGAGAGAGAGACAUCUGUAACCUUUUUCCUCUCUGUGGAUCCCUCUCACUUUCUCUCUCCUGAAUGAUUAUCCCCUUUUAGAGAGAGAGAGAGAGAGAGAGAGUAAGCAUGUUCAAAUUGCACAGGCACAAGUCAGAUAGAUUAGGGGAGAGGGUGGAGUUCAGAUUCUCAAGCUUACAAGCGUUUCAGAUUCCUAAAGGAUGGGACAGGCUUGUUUUGUCUAUAGUAUGUGUGGAGACUGGAAAAACAAUUGCGAAGUCCAGCAAAGCUAUGGUUCGCAGUGGAACUUGUCAAUGGACAGAGACAUUCUCCCAAUCCAUAUUUAUUCCUCAAUAUGGUGCAUCAAAGGAGAUUGAAGAAUGUGUAUUUAAAGUAGUUGUUGCCAUGGGAUCACAUAGAACAGGUAUACUGGGAGAGAUUACCAUAAACUUAACAGAUUAUAUGAGUUCACACGACUCUGGAUCAUUUUCUUUGCCAUUAAAAAGGUGCAAUUAUGGCACAAUUUUACAGAUUAGGAUUCAGUGCCUCAACCCAAAAAGAGGACUCAGGGAUAUAAAAAGUUCAAGGGAAACUACUUCCUCUUUUGAAGGUCUUCAUACUAAUAACGAUGAGAUGGAUGGCAAGUCAGAUGGAUCUGAUAGUAUAAUUAACCAGAGUUUUGGAUCUUCAUCAAGUAACAAUUUUGGUGUAAUUUAUUCGGAAGAAGCUACAAAUCGGGACACAAGUUUCUCAGCUUCAGGAUCACAUCGAAGUUCUGAUUCUGGGGACAGUCCCAUUGGGAAAUUGAAUUUUUCUCCCAGAAACAAUUUGAAUGGUGGAUUUCCUAGUUUAACUCCCGCCGAGGAAUUUUCAAGAUCAAACCCAUCAUCCUUCAAUUCUAGAGCCUCGGGCUCCUCUACUCCAAAUCGAGGGCAAGAAUCUACCGCACAAACUCCAAUGUCACUAGGACCCAAUGCUUCUCCUAAAGCUUUUCUUGAAAUUGCCGAAGAAACAAUCGAAGAACUUCAAGAUGAGGUAAAAAUGUGGGAACGACACUCUCAGAAAUUGAAGCAAGAUAUUGAGAAAUUCAAGAAGGAAUCCUCAGAUAAAUCCAAACGGCAGAAAGAGCUAGAUAUGGAGCUUUCUGCUUCUUACUCUGAACGUGAUUCUCUAAAGAAAGAGGUUGAACAAUUGAAAGCAUCGUUAGAGGAAGCAAUAACGAAACAAACUCCUAUAAGAGGUUCUAAAAAUGAAGUCACAUCAUGUGUCGAGAAGGAAUUGGAAGAUGAACUGAAGUUCUUGAAUGAAUCUAAUGCUAAUCUAAGUCUCCAGCUGAAGAAAAGUCAAGAAGCAAAUCUUGAGCUUGUUUCUAUUCUUGAGGAACUUGAAGAAACUGUAGAGAAGCAGAAAUUGGAGUUAGAAAAACUUCCACAAAAAAGUCCCGCAAAUGGAUCCGAUUGUGAGAAAGAGGCAGAGUGGAAAGCUAAGCUAUCUGCGAAAGAAGAAGAAAUUAGUAAAUUAGAGGGGAAGUUAUCUAGCAAGCUUAAUGCAGAAAUUCCUAGUGAGCAUGAAUCGAGUCGGAGUCAUUCGGACUUGAUAAAAGAAAUUGAAGACUUGAGAGAUAAAGUGUGGGAGCUUGAAAGAGACUGUGCUGAGCUUACCGAUGAGAACUUAGAACUCAUGUAUAAGAUGAAGAAAUCAGGGCAAGACAUGAAAGAAAAGGAUUCUGAAAAUUCUUACUCUGAAAUUGAUCUGAAAUCCCAAAAUAAAAUGAAAAUGCUCGAAAAGAAAUGUGCUGAUCUUGAAGUUGAACUGCAAUAUUUCAAGGAUCAAGCUCCUCAUCUUGAUAUCAGUAAAGAAAGUACAAGAAAUGAAUCUGAUAUCGAGGAUCUCAAGAUUGCCUUUUCAUUAAAAAAAAAGGAGAUCGAUGUGCUAAAACAUGAAAAAGAGGAAUUAGAACUUUCAAUUACAAAUAUACAAAGAGACAAAAGUAACUUAGAGAAAAAUCUUGCUAGUACUGUGGAUUCUCAUACUUCCACUAAUAAGAUGCUUGAAAGGAAGUUGAUGGAACUCGAAAGCAGCAAAAAUGAACUAGAGAUUCAAGCAUGUGAGCUAGAAGAGGAAAAUAUACAGUUAUCUGAACGUGUCUCAGGCUUAGAAGCACAAUUACGAUAUCUUACCAAUGAGAAGGAAUCCAAUAGAUUGGAACUAGAAGAUUCUAGAUCUCUUGUAGAAGAUCUCAAGGGUGAAGUUGCACAACAACGAGCUGAAAUAGAAUCACAAAAAGGGGAAUUAAAGCAAAAGCUACUAGAUGCACAAAAAAGAUUGUCAGAGAUACAAGAAGAGACAGAGUAUCUGAAGAGAUCUCAUUCGAAAUUACAGUCGACAAUGGAGAGCCUUAUCGAAGAGAACAGCUCGCUUCAGAAAUCAAAUGGAGACUUGAGGAGGCAGAAAUUAGACUUGCACGAGCGAAGUGCUCAUCUCGAAGUUGAAUUGAGUGAGUCACAGAAAAGGAUUUCUGAGUUCUUGGAAAAGGUUAAACUUCUAGAGAUCAAACUUUCUUCAAUGCAAAAUGAUAUCAUCACUAAGGAGAAAAUAUUAACCUCACAAUUAGAGAGCAUUUGUCAAGAUCACGAGGACCAAGAAGAGAGAAUUAGCCAGGCAAAGCUCAUGUUGAAUCAAAUAGAUGGAGUGAAUAACGUUGAAGUGGAGAAUCUUAAGAGAGAAAUUGCACACCUCUCUUCACAAUUGUGUUCUACUGAUGAGGAGAGAGAGCAAAUGGCAUCGGAUGCUGUACUAGAAGUCUCCGGGCUACGGUCAGAUAAAAUUAAACUUGAGAGUAGUCUACAAGAGGCCAUUGCUAAGAUUAAAAUGUAUGAAACUGAGAUUCAAUCUCUCAGACAAGAAUCUAGCAAGAAAGUUCAAGGGGUAGUUGACUUACUAAAUGCUUCAAAACAAAGUGAAGAAAUGUUGAUGUCUGAUAUUGAGCACAUACAGAGACAAGCUGAUGCUGCAAAAUCGGGCGAAGAAAAAUUUAGAAAAGUGGCAAGUGAACUGGAACUGAAGAUAAAAGCUUCUGACUAUGAAAAAGAACAAAUAAUGGAAGAAGCUUCCAGUUUAAAGGUUCAAGUAGAAAGGAUAGCUCAUCUUCAAGAUGAAAUUUUGGUGCUGAAAAGCUCCCUUGAAGAUGCAAAGUUUGAAAAUGGAAAAUUAGAAGACUUGUUACAGUCGGUAUCAGAAGAAUGUGAGGGAUUGAAGACAGAGAAAACAUCAUUUGUGGAGAAAAUCUCAAUUAUGCAGAAGGCUUUGGAUGACGGUGGAGAUGAUAGACGCAGUAGAAUUGCUUUGGAAGAAAAGCUACUUAGGCUGGAGGGUGAUCUAAGUGCAAAAGAGGCAUCUUAUGCUCAUGAAGCAGAGUUGAAGAAUGAAAUUAACCGUAUUAAGAGAGCAAAUAGUGAAUAUCAGAGAAAAAUACAAUGUCUGGAGGAGGAAAAAUGUCAACUGAUGAGAAAAGCUGGGAUGCUCAACAAUGAAAAUAACCAGGAUAAGAUAGUUCCGGACAAGGACAAUGAUAGGACGCAUGAUCUUGAGAGUACAAUUCAGAACCUGGAGAGUAGGGUUCAUGCGCUUGAAGAUGAAUUGACUGAGUUGGUGGAGGCAAAUAACAUGUACAAGAUUCAACUACAAGGAUUAAUGGAGGAAAAGCAAAAUGACAAUACUAAAGUACCCGAGAAGCACAUAAGCGAAGGUGAAACAGGAUCACAAGAAGCUAGCAAGAUUUCUUCGUUGGAGACAGAGUUGAAAGAAAUGAGAGAACGGUAUUUACAUAUGAGCCUUCAAUAUGCCGAAGUAGAAGCUCAGAGAGAAGAGCUUGUACUGAAGCUCAAGACUACAGCAAAAGGAAAGGGUUGGUUCUCAUGAUCAAAUGGCCUGAAAUCAAUUUUCAUUUUCUUUUAUUUGCUAUUUUUGUUGGUAUAUAAUUUAUUUUCCACUGGUUAUGUCGGAGGAUAGUGUUAGCUAUUCUUUGGCUAUCUUGUAACAAAUUGUUGAAUUUCUUACAUAAUAAUUCAUGUAGUUGAUCACAGAAUCUGUUGUAUAAUUGUGUGACAAUAAUUUGCCCUGGAUAGUUCCCAUUGGAGGCUUCCGCUUAUAGAUUUAUUUGCAUAAGAUCAGUGUAAGUUGUGAAGUGUACACAUAGUCAGUUCAAAUGAAUUAUUGAUCAAAGUUUAACGGCU